UCCAGCAGCUCCUGCGUGCGCAGAGUGAGCUUUCAACUUAUUAGAAGGGCCACUGUGCGUGAUGCGCUUGUUUAUAUAUACAUUCUUAUUUUUCUGCUCCUUGCUUUGCCGGUAUCCUCCCUGUAGCUGUGCUAAGCAUUUUCUCCUACAGGAGGAGCGAAGGGCAGAGGACCCCUUUUCCCACUCACAGAAGCGCGGCUUUUACGUACAAAUGUGUACAUUUGCCCUUUAUUGAAAUCCUUUCUUUUUAUAAAAGGCUUUCAUCUUCCGCUUUGGACUACAAGACCGGACCGCGGAACCUCUCUUGGAUUUAUGGAUGCUUAUUUGAAUUAAUUUCGCCUUUUUGGCUGCGGAUACCGUUUUAUGUAAGCGUUAUAGCAUACCUUGUGUGAAAGCUGAACAAAAUCGUCAACGUCGAGACAUUAUUUACUGCCUUAUGUGCUUGUAUUUCCCCCCAUUCUCAAUGUGUCAUUAACACACAAUAUCAAAAGCGCAGGACAUGGAGAAAUGCCGGAGCCUGUACUCUCUAAAAAUGUAGAUGAAUUUACAUGUAUGUAUUUAACGUUACAAGCUUUUGCUUAACGUUUGAGAAGAACUUUUUUUUCUUUUCUGUAAGAAAAGGGAUCUGAGUGGAUUCGAGGUUGUUUUGCUCAGCUGAUUCAUGAGAUGCAGGACUUAUGAAAACAUUGACGGAGUGACGGGGCUGUUAUUUUCCAGGAGUCCUGCAAUGCUGCCGUGUCCUCCUGCACCUCCCAGAUUGCCUGAGCUGGAGCCCAGCACUCUGACUUGAGGGGACUCUGUGUGAUGCAGGAAACUAAGAAGCUUUGCGGACACCCGGAAACUAUGUUCCUGUGCUUGGAGAUGGAUUAGAAACCCUUGUCUCCAGAGGUCAAAGCAUCAGCGAAUGAAACACACUCUGAUCAAGGUGGCUAUGACAGGGGGACACCCGGGGCAGGACCCAUGAGGAGUUAUAGAAGAUGCUCACAGCCUGGGCGCCUCUGCUCUUCUUAGCGAUGUGGGUGAGAAACAUCGCUAGCAAUCCACUCUCUCUGAGAAUCGCGGCGAUCUUGGAUGACCCCAUGGAGUGCAGUCGAGGGGAGAGGCUUGCUAUCACCCUGGCCAAAGAAAGGAUCAACCGGGCUACCAAUCGAUCCCAGACUGCCAAACUGGAGGUGGACAUCUUCGAGCUCUUGAGGGACAGCGAGUACGAGACUGGAGAAACCAUGUGCCAGAUAAUAUCCAAGGGUGUGGUGGCUGUUCUGGGGCCCUCUGCCAGCCCGGCCUCCAACUCCAUCAUCAGCAAUAUCUGUGGCGAGAAGGAGGUGCCCUAUGUGAGGGUCGCCCCAGAGGACAUCCUGAAGGUGCAGUUUCCACGAUUCACCACCCUGAACCUCCGCCCCACCAACACUGACAUCAGCCUGGCCGUGGCCGGCCUCCUCAACUUCUUCAACAGCACCACCUCCUGCCUCAUCUGUGCCAAGGCCGAGUGCCUGCUCAACCUGGAGCGCUUGUUGAGACAGUUCCUGAUCUCCAAAGAAACGCUAUCUGUGCGCAUGCUGGAUGACAGCCAGGACCCCACUCCACUGCUGAAAGAGAUCCGUGAUGACAAGACAGCCACCAUCAUCGUGGACGCUAAUGCCACCAUGUCCCACAUCAUCCUGCAGAGGGCCUCCGAAUUGGGAAUGCUUUCCAUUUAUUACACCUACAUCUUCACCUCUCUGGAGUUCUCCCUGCUGCGGCUGGACCACAUGGCUGAUGAGCGGGUCAACAUCGUGGGCUUUUCCGUCUUCAACCGCACUCACCCCUUCUUCCAAGACUUCCUGCUGAGUCUCAAUAGGUCCUGGCAGGAGAACUGUGACCACGCCCCCUUCGCUGGAGCCCCGCUCUCCUCUGCCCUCAUGUACGAUGCUGUCCAUGUCCUGGUCGCUGCUGUUCAUGAGCUGAACCGCAGCCAGAACGUCGGGGCCAUGCAGCUCUCCUGCAAGUACCCCAAGAUCUGGGAGCACGGCACCAGUCUGAUGAACUACCUGAGGAUGGUAGAAUUGGAAGGUCUAACUGGCCACAUCGAAUUCAACAGCAAAGGCCAAAGGUCCAACUAUGCUCUGAGGAUCAUGCAGAACAGCAGAGAAGGGCUAAGGCAGAUUGGCCAGUGGCACUCGGAGGAGGGCCUGUUGAUGGAGAAGAAGCUGCGGCCCCUCAAUGCGUCCGACACGCUCUUCAACACCACGCUCACCGUUACCACCAUCCUGGAGAACCCCUACGUCAUGCUAAAGAAGAACCACCAGGACCUGGAGGACAACGAGCGCUACGAAGGCUUCUGCGUGGACAUGCUGCGGGAACUGGCCGACAUCCUCAAGUUCAACUACAAGAUCCGGCUGGUGGGGGACGGGCUGUAUGGCGUCCCGGAGGCCAAUGGCACCUGGACGGGCAUGGUGGGCGAGCUGAUCUCCAGGAAAGCAGACCUGGCAGUGGCUGGACUGACCAUCACUGCCGAGAGGGAGAAGGUCAUCGAUUUCUCCAAACCCUUCAUGACCCUGGGGAUCAGCAUCAUGUACAGAGUCCACAUGGGCCGCAGGCCAGGAUACUUCUCCUUUCUGGACCCCUUCUCCCCUGGAGUGUGGCUCUUCAUGCUGCUGGCUUACCUGGCUGUCAGCUGUGUGCUGUUUCUGGUGGCCAGACUGACCCCGUACGAGUGGUACAAUCCACACCCCUGCCUUAAGGGACGCUGUAACCUGCUGAUCAACCAGUACUCACUGGGGAACAGCUUCUGGUUCCCAGUGGGUGGAUUCAUGCAACAGGGCUCCACCAUCGCACCUCGGGCCCUCUCCACACGCUGUGUCAGUGGAGUCUGGUGGGCCUUCACCCUGAUCAUCAUCUCCUCCUACACUGCCAACCUGGCAGCCUUCCUCACUGUCCAGAGGAUGGAGGUGCCCAUCGAGUCUGUGGAUGACCUGGCUGACCAGACAGCCAUCGAGUAUGGAACCAUGCAGGGGGGCUCCACCAUGACCUUCUUCCAGAACUCGCGCUACCAGACAUACCAGCGGAUGUGGAACUUCAUGCACUCCAAGCAGCCCAGCGUGUUUGUGAAGAGCACAGAAGAGGGCAUCGCCCGUGUGCUCAACUCCAACUACGCCUACCUGCUGGAGAGCACUAUGAACGAGUACUACCGCCAGCGCAACUGCAACCUCACCCAGAUUGGGGGGCUGCUUGACACUAAGGGCUAUGGCAUCGGCAUGCCACUGGGCUCCGUGUACCGGGACGAGUUUGACCUGGCCAUCCUCAAACUGCAGGAGGAGAACCGUCUGGAGAUCCUGAAGAGGAAGUGGUGGGAAGGGGGCAAGUGCCCCAAAGAGGAGGACCACAGAGCCAAAGGCCUGGGCAUGGAGAACAUCGGCGGCAUCUUCGUGGUGCUGGUGUGUGGGCUGCUGGUGGCGAUCUUCAUGGCCGUGCUGGAGUUCAUCUGGAUGCUGCGGCAGACGCCUGGAACAGAGGUGAGAGGAGGCGCCCUGACCUGCGUCUGCCUCGGGAGCCUCUCCCACUCGUGAGCAGAGCACGCCCUCUCUGGAGGCCAGUGGAGAUACAGGGCAGGCUGUGAAGAAGACACCAGCACAGAGAUAGGAGAUUUUUGGAGAAGGGAAGUGAGCAAGUUAAGUCAGAAAUAUGAACUGAGCCUGCAGUAUGGUGAUCUAAAGCUGCAAACGAACUAGAGGUUAGUUCCAUGAGAGCAGUGCGGAGGCACAGUCAGGGCCCUGUGCUUGUAAAUGGAAGGUUGUGAGUUUAAAUCCCAUUUAUACUGGAUACACUUGGAGACAAGGUACUCCACUCAGUACAGGCAGGUUGAAAAUGUAAUAAUACUACCACCCUAAGAAGUGGAGAAUGCUCUACGGUAGUAACUCCAUGUAUUUCAUUAAUUAUUUUCACUUGUCAGUGUGGUACUAACCCAUGCCUGUUCCUCAGCACUAAGUGUCUGCUGUCUUUUACUGUUGUGAUAGUGAAGUAUAGGCGAUAUGGCCAACACCUUCCAGGUGAUUCUGUUCUUCUUGCGGCCUUUGGAAAACGUUGAUGAAUUCCCACUAUUUUUUUCAAUAUCUGUUCCUAACAAUUCUUCCAAGAUUCUAGGUAUACACUCAGUCAGUUGACAUCAUUCUGUAACAUAACAGUUUCUUGUGUAUUUAUAGAGGUGGUAGGACUAUUAGCACAUAAUGCAGUCUGUAAAUAUUAGAUAACCAGAUUGUGAUGGCUUUAUUUAAAAAAGAGUAAUCUAAUGUGCUGCAGCUACAGUAGAAGAAUUCCAUUUCAUUUAAUGUGACACUAAAGUUAACCAGACAGAGAAGAAAUGUCAGAGGUCCAAGUCCACAUAAUGCUUGAAUUCACAUGUUCAUUCAUUUUAACUUUUAAAUAUCGAGUGACAGCCAGUUAAAUCUCAGUUCAUUACCUGAUUACCGUUACUUUCCUUGUUCACCAUCAUUAAUUCAAGUCCUCCGGAGUCUUCUCUAUUCUUUUGACUGCCUCCUGCCUGAUAAAGCUGAGGAAAUAUGAAUCUUUUCAGCUGGAAAACUGAAGCUCCUGCAAGUCACUUAACACUGUCCCAUGCAAUUCAGCAUAUUGAUAUGACAUGCUGAAUACUUUGGGAAUGUUUUCUUUAUAUCUUUUUGCUGUUUUUUUUUUUACCAUGGAUCAUUGAUGAAUACCAAACACUGUCCCUUUCAUCAAAACACAACCACCAGGGCGCUUUAUUAUUUUGUUAACAAUUCACUGAUUAUAGACCAAAUCUGAUUUUUAAAUCCAUUGAACUGCCCGACUCUCUCACUGUAUAUUGGAUUGCACUUUCCUUGCCGAGAUGAAUACUCCCGAUUGCCAUCAUAGUGACGGCACUUAUCAACACUUAGAGGGAAUAUUUGGCUCAACCCACUUGUUAGAGUUAGGUGGCGCAGCAGCAGUGGAGGGGGAACCCGGGGCUAGAUUGAAGGACGAAGGGAGUGAUUGCUAAUCACCGAUGGCUGGGAAUGAUUGAGCGUGGUCGUUGUCAUCCCUCCCGAACUUUAGUUAAAUAAACUCCGUUUUUAGCCCAGAUUUAACAUUUAUUUUAUUUUUUUAUGAUUGGUUUUCCCAUCACAAAAAGAACAUUUUAUUCUUAGUCGGUUUCAUUCAGGGGAUGCUUAAAGGACAGGUCAUGCAUCGAUUCAGACUAAGCAGCAGGUAUUAAAUACAUGGCGUGCUGGUUAGUGCUGCUGCGCACACAGUGAUGCUGGGUUUGAUUCUGGCCACAUUCUGCGCGGAGUUUGCACGGCCUCCCCAUUGUUUGCAUGAAUUUCAUCAG